GGCAGAUUAUUACACUUUGAUAAAGCCUGGAUGAGGGGGACACGGGAAUCCAUCUGGGAAUUCUGAUGUCAUUUGGAUGCACAGAUUAUUAUAGGUCGCUGCCAAAGCUUGUGUCAGCUGGAAGGAGAUUUUCAACGGGACCCAUCAAAAUUUAUACAACCGAGCUAACGGAGAAAUAUAGCAGCUUUAAACGUCAGAGACAAGGCUUAAAUAAGAAUACCAAGACCAGAAAAACACCGAGAUAGCAGCGGGGAUUAAUAUAAAAAUAUGAACCGUUUGUAGGCGCAGAAAGUCGACGACAAAAUAAGCAUGUAGUCCUCCUGCGAAAGAUAUGUGUAAUCGACAGUAAACGUAAACAAACACCUAUUCGUGCUAGCUGAAGUUAGCCAGUUGGGGGUAACUUAGCCUUUUUGUGCUAUUGCAUAUAGCUAACGUAAGACACCAACGAAAGGGGUUAGAUAAGCACGUCGUAAGACGCCUGUUAUCGGCUUUAAAGCUACAUUUAACCCUAUUGGCAGAGGAUGACAAGUGGUUUGGGUCGUCUCCGUUCUAUUAGUAUUUGUGUAGUGUGUAUUAUUAGCACAUUUAGCCUUUCAGCUAACAUCGGCUAAAUGUUAUGUGCAGUAGCGUUGGCUGUUGAGCCUCUUAACACCGCACACGGCAAAGUAAAUAUAGAUAAAGAAGACGUCUGUGGAUGCUGACACUGCUCGUGUUUAAGACACCAUUUAGCCGUGCGGCACUUUGAGCCCUUUUAGGCUGGUUUAUGCUACAGUAACGUUAAACGGUCCAGCUAACGUUCCCCGGUGUCUCCCAGCUGAUUGGCCGAACAAAGCAAGACGUGGGGAUGAAGAAAAACAAGUUGAGGUCCUCUUGAAGAUUGAGUCGCUUCGCUUUCCCCGCGCCGGCCUCGCUGUAAAGUCACUGACCGGAAGGCCGUGGCCUCGAGUUGUCUGGAGUCCAAAACUGUUAAAAGUGAAUGUAAUGGAACUGAUGUUCGCGGAGUGGGAGGAUGGAGAGAGGUUUUCCUUUGAAGACUCGGACCGGUUUGAGGAAGACUCCCUGUGCUCCUUCAUCUCGGAGGCCGAAAGCCUAUGCCAGAAUUGGAGGGGAUGGAGGAAGCAGUCUGCCGGACCCAACUCCCCAACUGUCAAGAUUAAAGACAGUCACGUGAUUCCUCUGGUUGAGUUAUCAGCGAAGCAGGUAGCUUUCCAUAUUCCAUUUGAAGUUGUGGAAAAGGUCUACCCUCCAGUCCCAGAACAGCUUCAGCUCCGUAUUGCCUACUGGAGUUUCCCUGAGAAUGAGGAGGAUAUCAGGUUAUAUUCCUGCCUUGCUAAUGGGAGUCCAGAUGAAUUCCAGCGUGGGGAGCAGCUGUACAGAAUCAGAGCUGUCAAAGACCCUCUGCAGAUUGGCUUCCAUCUCAGUGCUACAGUGGUGUCCAGUCAGGCCGGUCAGUCUAAAGGAGCCUACAAUGUGGCUGUCAUGUUUGAUCGCUGCCGCAUCACUUCCUGCAGCUGCACGUGUGGAGCUGGGGCCAAAUGGUGUGCCCAUGUCGUGGCUCUUUGCCUCUUUAGGAUCCACAAUGCGUCAGCGGUGUGUUUGAGGGCUCCAGUCUCUGAAUCCUUGUCCAGGCUGCAAAGGGACCAACUCCAAAAGUUUGCCCAGUACCUCAUCAGUGAGCUUCCUCAGCAGAUCCUCCCCACAGCCCAGAGGCUGCUGGAUGAGCUGCUGUCCUCUCAGUCUACUGCCAUCAACACAGUGUGUGGAGCUCCAGAUCCCACAGCUGGACCUUCAGCAUCUGACCAGAGCACCUGGUAUUUGGAUGAGUCAACGCUCAGUGACAACAUCAAAAAGACUUUACACAAGUUCUGUGGGCCCUCUCCAGUUGUGUUCAGUGAUGUAAACUCCAUGUAUCUAUCGUCCACGGAGCCUCCAGCCGCUGCUGAGUGGGCAUGUCUGCUGCGACCUCUGAGGGGCAGAGAGCCAGAAGGCAUCUGGAACCUCCUUUCUAUUGUCAGGGAGAUGUUCAAAAGACGUGACAGCAAUGCUGCUCCACUGCUCGAGAUUCUCACUGAGCAGUGCCUCACCUAUGAACAGAUCAUCAGCUGGUGGUACAGCGUCCGGACGUCAGCGUCCCACAGCAGUGCCAGUGGUCACACGGGUCGCAGCAACGGCCAGUCAGAGGUGGCGGCUCAUGCUUGUGCAAGCAUGUGUGAUGAGAUGGUGGUGCUCUGGAGGUUGGCAGUGCUUGACCCAACAAUAAGCCCCUGCAGGCGCCUGGAACUGGCAGGACAGCUGAAGCAGUGGCACCUGAAAGUUAUAGAGAUAGUAAAGCGGGGACAACAUCGCAAGUCCCUUGAUAAGCUGUUUCAGGGUUUCAAACCUGCUGUGGAGUCAUGCUACUUUAACUGGGAGGUGGCCUACCCACUUGAAGGUAUCACCUACUGCAGUGCUGAUAAGAAGAGUGCCACAUUUUGCUGGUCCAGAGCAGUGCAGCACCAAAGAGGAGUCAAAGCCCCCGCAGGAGGAGGUGGCGAGCCUCCUGAACCAGGGGGAGGAGGCAGAGCUGAAAAUGGAACUGUAGGGGAUUAUAAAGGAAGAACAAGUGGUCACUCCUCCCAACAGGAGGUGGCAGUACGACCCAAGGAGACCAUUCUUACAAAGCGGAAGGGUCUUUCAGUGAGUGGGGGGGGUGGGGUGCUGGUUCGUCUAGGUGGGGCUGUCUCUCUGUCCCUGGAAGAAGGAGGAGGGAAGCACAUGUACAAAAGUCCAGGCUCCUCCUCAGGAGGCAAACUGAAACUGACACAGGGAGGUGGAAAGGGGGUGUCUGUUGCAGGUUCUGGAGGAAGUGGAGGUUUAGGAGGUGGUAAGCAUGCCAGUGCCAAGCGGAGAACCAGUAGUGAGGACAGCUCCCUGGAGCCAGACUUGGCUGAGCUGAGCUUGGACGAUGGGUGCAAUCUAGCGCUGGGUGCUGAGGCCAGCAACACGUUUGAGUUUCUUCCUCCGCCACCAGAAAUGCUGCCUUCGCCGAGCCCACUGCUGCGAGACUCGCGAAAGUACAACAACAGUGGAGGGAGCAAGAUGUUUGAAACAAAGCGGGCCAACCAUUCCUUUUCUACACUUCCCACUGCAGAGCCUGCUCCACCUUCGUUCCUUUCUAAAGAAACAGUGCUGGUUGUCAUGGAUGUGCCAAUUACUGCAGAAAAGGAAGUGGCGCUUCAGGUGGCUCCUGGUCAGAACAGAGACGAAGACGUAGACUCAAAUGGCAGUAAACUACCUUCCACAUCUGCUCUUAAUUCAAAAUCAGGCACCGCUCAAACGUCUGGCAAGCCACAGCACCAGAAAGAGGCAUCAUCUGCGGAAGCUGCUGCAGGUGGACCAUCGAACCAAGGAGCGGAGGCAGCAGCUGGAGCUGCAGAAGGAGACAGAGGCGAUGCUGUAGGAGAGGAUGACUACCAGGCAUACUACCUAAGUGCUGCCUCAGAGGAGGGAGCAGACAGACAGCUGACUGAUAAUCACCAGGAAGAGGAGCCAGACAUCUUUGCAGGGAUCAAACCUCUGGAGCAGGAGGGACGCAUGGAAGUGCUGUUUGCAUGUGCUGAGGCUCUCCAUGCUCAUGGCUACAGCCAUGAAGCGUGCCGACUGGCUGUUGAGCUGGCCAGAGACCUGCUAGCCAACCCUCCAGACCUGAAAGUGGAGCAGCCGCAGACUAAGGGUAAGAAGAGCAAAGUGUCAACAAGCCGUCAGACGCAUGUCGCUACCAACACACUUUCAAAAGCUGCCUUCCUCCUCACUGUGCUCAGUGAGCGACUGGAGCUCCACAAUCUGGCCUUCAACACUGGCAUGUUCUCUCUGGAACUGCAGAGACCCCCAGCAUCCACCAAGGCUCUAGAGGUCAAGUUGGCAUACCAGGAGUCAGAGGUGGUGGCCCUGUUGAAGAAAAUCCCCCUGGGCAUGGUGGAGAUGUCAGCCAUCAGAGAGAGAGCUGAGCAGCUCCGAGACGGAAACCUGUGCGAUUACAGACCUGUGCUGCCUCUCAUGCUGGCCAGCUUCAUCUUUGAUGUGCUGUGUACCCCAGUCUGUGCAGUUGUGUCACCAACGGGCUCCCGUCCCCCGAGCCGUAACCGUAACGUCGAGAUGCCCGGUGACGAGGAGCUGGGCUUUGAAGCUGCUGUUGCUGCUCUUGGUAUGAAGACUACAGUCAGUGAGGCAGAGCAUCCUCUUCUGUGUGAAGGAACUAGGAGGGUGAAGGGUGACCUUGCCUUGGCUCUCAUGAUUACCUAUAAAGAUGACCAGAGCAAGCUCAAGAAGAUCCUAGAUAAGCUGUUAGACAGAGAGAGUCAGACUCACAAGCCCCAGACUCUUAGCUCCUUUUAUUCCAGUAAGCCAGCGGCCAGCAGCCAGCGCAGUCCCUCUAAACACACUGCUGCUGGGCACAGCGGGUUAAGCGGGGCUGCUGCUGGAGGUGUCUCCAAACACACCCCAUCACCGUCCUCAACCACGGUGGCAGGCUCUUCCUCCAGCUCCUCUUCUGCUGUGCCACUGGCUGGUGAAGGGCUAGCGCAGCAGACGGAAAUUAACCCAGUGCAAAAUAGUACAGCAGAGGAAAAUGCUGCUGAGACCCAGGAGCAAGAUGGAGCUCCAUCGAGUGACCAGCAAAAUGAUAUGGCUCUGUUUAAGCUGGAGGCCACGGUGCCUAGUCGGUUGGCACUGGGUGCCCGCUGUGGAUACAGCCAGCGCUGCUGGGGCUCACCUGUAAGGCAGAAGAAGAAACACACAGGUGCACACUUUAGCAAUGGUAUGGCGAGUAUUGACAGCAGUGCACCAGAGACCACCUCAGAUAGCUCUCCCACCCUGAGUCGCAGACCACUUCGAGGUGGCUGGGCAGCAACGUCAUGGGGCCGUGGACAAGACAGCGAUAGCAUCAGCAGUUCUUCAUCUGAUUCGCUGGGAUCCUCCUCCUCUAGUGGAUCCCGACGGGCAGGGGGCGGGGCUAGAGCUAAGAGCACCGACACCAGCAGAUACAAAGGGCGCCGCCCAGAGUGCCACGCCCCCCAUGUCCCCAACCAACCAUCGGAGGCAGCAGCCCACUUUUAUUUUGAACUGGCCAAGACGGUGUUGAUCAAAGCUGGAGGAAAUUCCUCCACUUCCAUCUUCACCCAGCCCUCAGCCAGCGGGGGUCACCAGGGGCCCCACAGAAACCUACACCUCUGUGCCUUUGAGAUUGGCCUGUAUGCUCUUGGCCUCCACAACUUUGUCUCGCCCAACUGGCUGUCCAGAACCUACUCUUCUCACGUGUCUUGGAUCACUGGCCAAGCGAUGGAGAUCGGUAGUGCAGCACUCAACAUUUUGGUGGAGUGCUGGGAUGGUCAUCUCACACCUCCAGAGGUGGCUUCCCUGGCAGAUCGAGCAUCAAGGGCGAGGGACCCCAACAUGGUUCGGGCAGCAGCAGAGCUGGCCUUGAGCUGCCUGCCUCAUGCUCACGCCCUCAAUCCCAAUGAAAUUCAGAGAGCUCUGGUGCAGUGCAAGGAACAGGACAAUGUAAUGCUAGAAAAAGCCUGCAUGGCAGUCGAGGAAGCAGCCAAGGGUGGAGGUGUUUACCCUGAGGUUCUGUUCGAGGUGGCUCACCAGUGGUAUUGGCUGUAUGAGCAGUCAGUAGGUGGGGGAUCUGCUCAGCAGCGGGAAACCUCUGGACGCUGUGGAGCCAACGGGGGUUCAGGCAGGAGACCAGCAGAGUCCACCUGCAGUGUCCUCGACAGCGGAGCCAACAUGGAGACUCCAGGAGUGGCAACUGUGACGGCGUCGGUAACAGCGUCAGCCGUUGUACCAGUCAUUUCAGUUGGCUCCACCAUCUACCAGUCCCACACCAUGACUGGCCAGGCAAUGGCUCACCCACACAGCCAGGCCCUCCAUCCCUACACCACCAUCCAGGCCCACCUACCCACGGUCUGCUCCCCCCAGUAUCUGGGACACCCUUUGCAGCAUGUCCCUCGACCCACUGUGUUCCCUGUGUCUGGGGCUGCAUAUCCACAGGGAAUACAUCCAGCCUUCAUCGGAGCCCAGUAUCCCUUCUCUGUGGCCACUGGGCCACAGCCGCCUCUGGCUGCCACAGCGGUGACUUUUCCUGGCGUCCCUGUGCCGUCCAUGACUCAGAUUGCCGUCCAUCCCUAUCAUACAGAGACCGGUCUGCCCCUCAGCACAACUGUAGCAGUUGGCAGUGUUCACUCAGGCCCCACUAUUCAGGCCAUACAGGGAGCACCUCUGCCCUCCCUCUCCUCCCAAACUGGCUCAUUGGUCAGCACACCUUUUCCAGCAGAGGAUGAGCAGCACAGCCAGCCGAUCAGCCAGCAAGGCCUGCACUACCUGCAUUCUGCCUACAGAGUUGGAAUGUUGGCGUUGGAGAUGCUGGGUAGGAGGGCUCACAAUGACCAUCCCAACAACUUCUCCAGGAGCCCGCCCUACACUGAGGAUGUCAAAUGGCUGCUGGGGCUGGCUGCGAGGCUAGGAGUCAACUACGUGUACCAGUUCUGUGUUGGAGCAGCCAAAGGUGUCCUCAGUCCAUUCGUGUUGCAGGAGAUCAUCAUGGAGGCGCUGCAGCGACUGAACCCCGCCCACAUUCACGCCCACCUGCGAACGCCUGCCUUUCACCAGCUUGUUCAGCGUUGCCAACAGGCCUACCUGCAGUACAUCCACCACCGGCUCAUCCACCUGACGCCGGCGGACUACGAUGACUUUGUCAACAUCAUCCGCAGCGCUCGCAGUGCUUUCUGUCUGACUCCUGUAGGUAUGAUGCAGUUUAAUGAUGUGCUGCAAAACCUGAAAAGAGGCAAGCAGACCAAGGAGCUGUGGCAACGCAUUUCCCUGGAGAUGGCGACUUUCUCACCCUAAGCUGCGAGCAGGAACGUGGGCUGGUGACUCUGCCUCCAGCACUGAGCAGCCCAGUUGGUGCCGCCUGACUCCCUCAGGGGCCCUGCUCCUCUGAUGUGGACACAGGCUGUACAAUCAGACUUCCUCUCAUGUUUUUGUCCAGCCAGAGUUCAGAGGAAAUGCCAGGUCUGCUCCUGUUCUUCUGUGUUUGACUGACUUUUCAUUCUUGUUUUAUCAUGGUUCCUGUUUUUGUAACUGUGGAAUUAAACUGUACUUCUGCAUA